UCUGCUUCCAUGGUCAAUAAGAGCAUGACUGUGUUGAGCGCGCCUUCCCAGACAGCGCUGCAGCGUUCAGCAGUGCAGAUGAUGCCUUGUUAAGCACUCCUCACAGAUCCUCCACAAAGCCAUGGCUUAAAGGGAGAGAAAGGGAGAUGGGUUCCCAAACUGAGGACGGUAUCAGCCUGUGUAAAAAGGCUUUGCAGAUCGUUACUGAACUUUGCCUCGGAGGGCAAGUAGAUCGGGAAAAAUGCACAGAUAUCUUCCCCCUGGAGAGAACCAUACCAGGUAAAAGCAGCACAGACAUCUCAGUCAGUCUCCUUGCUGUAGUCGUCAGUUUCUGUGGGCUUGCCCUGUUGGUAGUCUCUCUCUUUGUCUUUUGGAAGCUGUGUUGGCCAUGCUGGAGGAACAAAGCUCUCACGUCUCAUGCCAAUAACGUCCCUCAGAAUAUCCCCAGUGCCCCUCCAGAGGUGGUGGAAACUGAAGAAAAAAAGGAGAUCAAAGAAAAUGGGAAGAGCUCGGUGAAGCUUCUGGAGGCAGCCAUGAAGAUUAGUCAGACCUCCCCAGACAUUCCAGCCGAAGUCCAGACAGCUCUGAAAGAACACCUCAUCAAACAUGCCAGGAUACAGAGGCAGAUCACAGAACCUACCUCCUCAUCCAGGCAUAACUCCUUCCGCAGACACCUGCCUCGCCAAAUGCAUGUGUCAAGUGUGGAUUUCAGUAUGGACAGUGUGCAGAUGAGACAGACUUCUACCAGCAUCGGCCGAAUUAAGCCAGAACUCUAUAAGCAGAAGUCAGUUGAUUCUGAAGAUAACAACCAGGAAAAUGUCCAAACCUGUGGAAAACUGAACUUUGCUCUCCAAUACGAUUAUGAGAACGAGAUGCUUAUCGUUAAAAUGAUCAAAGCACUGGAGCUGCCUGCCAAGGACUUCACAGGGACCUCAGACCCCUAUGUCAAGAUGUAUCUGCUUCCAGACCGGAAAAAGAAGUUUCAAACUCGAGUUCACCGAAAAACUCUCAACCCAGUCUUUGACGAGACCUUUCAGUUUCCUGUGGAAUAUGAUCAGCUGUGCAACAGAAAACUGCACUUCAGCGUGUACGACUUUGACAGGUUCACAAGUCACGACAUGAUCGGGGAGGUUAUCGUGGACAAUCUCUUUGAGGUGUCUGAUCUCUCCAGGGAAGCAAUAAUGUGGAAGGACAUUAACUGUGCCACCACCGAAAGUGUUGAUCUGGGGGAAAUCAUGUAUUCUUUGUGCUACCUUCCGACUGCUGGGAGAAUGACCUUGACAGUCAUUAAAUGCAGAAACCUCAAGGCGAUGGAUAUCACCGGCUCUUCAGACCCUUAUGUUAAAGUGUCGCUGCUAUGCGAUGGCCGCAGAUUAAAAAAACGGAAAACAACAACAAAGAAGAGCACUCUCAACCCUGUUUACAACGAGGCCAUCAUCUUUGACAUCCCUCCAGAGAAUGUGGAGCAAGUGAGCCUCUCCAUCAUGGUGAUGGACUAUGAUCGGGUUGGCCACAAUGAGGUGAUAGGGGUGUGUCGAACAGGCCCGGAGGCUGAAGGCCUCGGUCGAGAUCAUUGGAAUGAAAUGUUGGCCUACCCUCGCAAACCGAUAACUCACUGGCAUGCACUGAUAGAGUGGCCUGGAAGAGCAACUAGCUUUGACAGUCAAGGAUCCUGCCCCUCUCCUAAACCACCUCUGACACCAUGAAACUCCAUCUACUGCACCGCUUUCAGAAAAAUAAUAACCAGGAAUUUCAGAUGGGAAUUUAUUGUUUAAUUUUGCAUGUUGCAGCAAACGUUAUUAUUGUUAUUUAAGAUACUGAGUAUCAGUCUUCACUAAUUAAAAGGUAAUUACUGAAACCAGAGAAUGGCAUAAUCUUAGCUUUAGUCGGGCAUCAAGAUUGAUUUAUAGAGCAUUCUCAUCCUGUGACACACAAUAACCUAUUGCGUUAAUAUAUAGCUUUAUGAACGCUUAGACAUAGUAAAACAAGCAUUCAUACAGUUUAAAUACAAUCUGAUAAUGCCAGAAAGUACUAUUGUGCGAGCAAAAAAAAUUACACUUCAUCUUUGGGGUGGGGAGAUUCUUUGUUAGUAAUACAGUACAAGGACUGACAUUCAUUAAGGCUUAAUUUAAUUUAAACAGUAUAUUAAAACACUUGUCCAGUUACUAAGGGCACAGUGUGGAGAUUCUUGGAGUACUAUAAUUCAGGAAUUGAUUAGGCCAUCCUGCAUACGUUUAGUAAAAUUAUACUACAAUUUUAGAUUUGUCAUGCAGAUGUCUCUUCUUCACGUAUUUUUUUCAGCUGUUUUAAUUUUCGGCCUCUUGCUGACAAAUACUGUUGCUGUGAUUUUUUUUUAACUAAUUACUAGUAAACUUUACGGAAGUUUAUUAGCCCCACAUUGAAAAAAAAAUCAACUAGUUUAUAUGAGAAAAGAAGAGGAGAGUGACAAUAUUCUGCUGUUGUUAAAAUCAAUGCAAUCUUGCACAGGACAAUAUAAUUGCAUAUACAGUACAAUGCAAUACAGUAUUAAUAUAGUUGGUAACAUUGUUCACAAAUUACCUAUUGUGUUUAAACGCAAUAAUUUUCUCGUAUAAACGAGAAACUUUUCUUGUAUAAAUGAGAUACUAUCUUGUAUAAUCGAGUUUUUUUUUCUCUGUGGUGCAAAUAAGCUUCCGUAAAACUUGCAGGGCAUUAUCUAAAAAGAGAUAUGUGUACAGGGAGAUACCUCCAGAAAAACUGAAGGCACCACUCUGGCCUUAUAGAUCUUCAAGGCUGAUCUUCUCUUCAGAAGGGGUGUGCAGAAUGAGUAAAUUGUCCAAACUGAAACAAAGACAUUGAGGCUACAGGUAAAUAUAUUGCUGCUUAAGAAGGGGUUCUGCUUUUCAAAGAGAGGAGAAAACUGAGAUUUUGUGCAAUGAGUUUCCAGUUAUGACAUUUAAUGUAGUUAUGUAGCUUUAUCAAAAUUAGUUAUAAUAGUAACAAAUUUCCUCAAGCAGGGGUUGUGGUGCUGUGGUUUCACAUAGAUUCUUAAGAAUUUGCAUUGUCAUUUUGGAUAAUUAUAGAGAAAAACCUUAUACAGUACAUAUAACAAUGUCUUAACUCGUGCAGUCAGUACAUACAGUUUGUACAAAAAUAUCAAAAUUUUAUUUGCCAAAUGUAAUAGUGUAUUUAAUGGUGUGUUGAAAGCUAGAAUACAACAAUGCAUAAAGUAAAUGAUCCCACAUAACAUCUGAAAUGGCAUACUUAUAGAUACACUGAUAAAGAUCUUGGUGUUUUCUAAAGUUGAUCAGAAAAUGCAUUUUAUGCUAUUCCUAUAUCCUCUUCAUUCAAAAAUGAUCAAAGCGAUCCUUUUAACGUUGAGAACAGUUUCACCAAGCACGUUUCCAGGGCUGAAUCCCAAUCCAAAAGUCCUGAAAACCAUCUAGGGCAGAUACUGUUAACAUUUAAACAAUGUUCAAUAUGGAGUGCUCAGGGUGUAAAUCGUUCAUCACCAGUUGACUGCUCUUUCUGAAGAUCACAAAGUGUACAGUUUGAUGAGGUAGUUGGCAUUCAUGGGUCAGUACUGAAGUUCUGCUUGCUUCUUCCAUGUUGGACUUGGUUGACGUCUCUUGCACAUUAAUUUAUCUGGAGUAAGCAAUAUGAGCAGGUUGGGAACUAAAAGCAAUAGAAGCCAAAUGUAGCAGGGCAUUUUAUUCAUCAAGAUAAACUAAAUUAUUUCCUUCAGCAGGGAAUUCAGAAUUAUCCUGUUGCAGGUGCUGUCCAAGUGUUCAAAGGAUUGUGGGGUCAAAUGAUCAACAUGUCAGAGACCUACUUGAGAUCACGUACACUAAACAGACCACUCUUACAUUGGUGCUGUGAUCCUAAUGAAAUUUAAGCCAGCUGGAGAAAGCAAUGAUACUAGAACACAUUUGCUUUGCAUAGCUAUCUUGAGUUAGGGCCUAUCACUGGAAUUACAGUCUGUAGUACUUCCCAGUAGUUUUCAAAGGGGAACAUUGUGUAGUAUGCAGUACCUUAGGCAUGCGCUGGAGAUUAAACAGAAUGAGAACCUACUGUACAGGACAUAUUUCUAAUGGCCUUUAGGUGACAUCGCAGUCAUGCCUUGAAAUUGAAAAGAUUGAUAUGAAAAUCUGUCUGGGUGUCUGCAAAAAAGCAACGUACCCAAGGAGCUGAUUUUGACAGAACCUAAUUUAAGUAGGUGGGGAUCUCAUUAAAUCUGCAUACCAUCUUUAAUUCAUGCUUCCAUUAGCCAGACAACAAAAACACAAACUGUUAAAACAAGUAUACAGCACAUUCAUAUUAUACCACCAAUGUAUAAUAUUGGACCUGCUCCAAUGUGUUGAAAACAAUGAUAAUUUCACGUUAUUUUCAUGCUUUAAUUCGUACCUAGAUUCACCCCCAGUAUAUUUCAGUGCAGUUAUGUUUUAGUAAAUAUCUAUUUCUUCCUAACUGGUGCUUUGGGUAGUUUGCCUAAUUAAUGAAUAUGCUUAGCAACAGCUGUUCAGGUGAAGUCAGGCAGCCUCGUUUUAAUUAAUUAUAGUCUUAUGAUUUUUUGGGGGGGCUCUGGCAUUUUACUGUCAAACACUACUACAAAUGCUUACAUCCUUAUUUUUCUAUUUUUUAUAGCAGGACAGAAUGUUCACUAAAAUCAGCUGUUUAAGUGAAAAAAAAUUCCAGAGCCUUCUCAAGCCAGAGAUCUGUACAUCUCCCUGAUUAUGCUCACAAUGUUUCAUAAAGCAGAUUUUUUAAGUAUAUUAAUAAAAAAAUGUAGCUAGAAUGUAUUGCUUUCACUGCCUAGGUCAGAAUAAAAGGUUCCUUCUGAUUUCGGAAAAAUAAAGAUACUUCAGAUCAUCUAAAACUGAAACUUUUCAAUAAAGUAAAAACGUAUCCCUCCUCUGUCUCUCUCCAAAUAGAGAAUUUUCUCAUCAAGUAAAGUAAACACCAGAAAUAAAUUGGUCUAAUUACUACUUUUGAAAAUUAAAAACAUUGCAAAACACUUAAUUUAAUUUACACUGUGUGGAUAGUAUGGAAAAUAUUUUUCAGUUAUUUCAAUUUCAGUUUUUUUUAAACGAGAUUGUGCCAUUUAUGUUGGUAUUGGUCUUCAAAAACUGCAAAAUAACAAGAUAAAGAUAAGAAAUUAAGAUCCUCAGGCACUAGAACAAAGAAGAAAAAAAGCAUGUUGCUGAGGCUUUAUCUUUCUGCUGUUGUAUCACAACAACAACAACAACAUCCAGUUAAGAGUCCAAUGUUCCAUUAAUAAAUCCUAUUACUAUUCACUCUGUGUUGCUAUAUAUACUAAGAUAUAUACAGUACAGUACAAGCACCAAACAUCUGGCAUCUGUUAUUUUCUCUAUUACAUUUUGUUAGACUUUCUACAUGACAUUUCAUUCUAUAUCAGAACAUCUUCUGAAGAUGGUAAAAUGAAACGUUUUAAAGUGGCAACGUUUUUUUUCCCCAUUUGUUUAGAAAAUAUUUUCUGCCACUUUCACAGAAAACUACAAAACUACAUUUUGGGCUACAAACAAAUCUCAGAAACAAGCCAAUUUUGAAAGGGCUGUUGAUUAUUUAAAUGUCAGGGAUAGAUUGAUUGUACUGCAUACAGCACAUCAGAGUGGCCCCUACGACAGCAUAAGUCACCUCACCCUGAAAUGUAGCGUGUACUUCUACAAAGUACUUACUGUAAGAGCUGUCCCUGCAAAGUGUUAUAUGGAAUUAAGAGUACAAAAGAUUUUAAUAACUGAAUGUUAUAUAAAAUUGUACAGUAUAUACAAAUUAGUAAUCGUUCAAAUGUCCUAGAGUUCAGUAUUGGAUGUUCAGUACCUGUAUGUACAGUAAUUUCUUUAUUUUGUCUGGUGAUAUAAGACAUGGCCAUUGUGUUAAGUGUACAGCUAAAGAGGUCUGUGUUUUGGGUAUUUUGUAUGCACUCUGCUGCCUUUGUGAGCAUUAUGGGAAAGCAAAAUGUCGAAUUGUUUGUUGCACUAGCCUUCACAAAACAUUCCACAUUAAAGUAUUUUUAAAAUUGCUGCUCUACGUACUGUAAAUUGUAAGCAUCUUUGUUAUAUCUGAUUAUACUGUAUGAAAUAACAAUAAUGGCAAUUGCUGAAAGAUCUUCUGAAGUGUACAGUUUGUGAUAACUUUUGUAACAAUUCAUAGUUAACAUUUGAAAUAUAAUUUUACCGUACCUGUUUCCUAUGUAUUUUGAUGAAGAAUAAAAAUAAAUACUUGAAUAUUAA